GUCAGGGCGUUGGGGCAGCUCCUGUGACAGACGGAGCUGGAGCGGCGGGGCGGCGGCGGAGUCCGGCGGCCGAGGAUAGCUAGUGAGCGGGCGGAGGAGCAGUGCCCCCGGGGCCUAGGCAGCGAGAAAAGAGCGGCAGGGGAGCGCUCGGGCGCGAGCGAGGACCACCGCGAGCGCCGGGCGACGGCUCGAGCCCCGGAACGGCCGAGGAGCCCGCCCGCAGCCCUCCCCUCCCCCUCCCCGGGCCCGGGCCCAGCGCGCCAUCCUCCCCCUCCCUCCUUCCCUCCCUCCCUCCUUCCUCCCUUCCCUCUCCCUCCCCCUCCCCCGCCGGUGGAUGGGAGUGAAGGACGGAAGAGGCCCUGCGGAGGCGGCGGUGCAGCGCUCCGGUGGAAUGAACCUUACUUGUUAACUAUUUCCUGAUUACUGGAUUCACUUGCAAAAGAAUACUUUCCUCUGUGUGGAAGCCACUUAGUGGCAUAUUUAAUUAUAAAUUCAAGGAUUACAAAGCUUCUUGAUUUCCUGUAGGAGGGACAUACCACUAUAUCAAAUAAGCUUCACAUUACAGCCAAAAUGGUGCUGUCCCAGAGACAACGAGAUGAACUAAAUCGAGCUAUAGCAGAUUAUCUUCGUUCAAAUGGCUAUGAAGAGGCAUAUUCGGUUUUUAAAAAGGAAGCUGAAUUAGAUAUGAAUGAAGAAUUAGAUAAAAAGUAUGCUGGCCUUUUGGAAAAAAAAUGGACAUCUGUUAUUAGAUUACAAAAGAAGGUUAUGGAAUUAGAAUCAAAGCUAAAUGAAGCAAAAGAAGAAUUUACGUCAGGUGGUCCUCUUGGUCAGAAACGAGAUCCAAAAGAAUGGAUUCCCCGUCCACCAGAAAAAUAUGCAUUGAGUGGUCACAGGAGUCCAGUCACUCGAGUCAUUUUCCAUCCUGUGUUCAGUGUCAUGGUCUCUGCUUCAGAGGAUGCUACAAUUAAGGUGUGGGAUUAUGAGACUGGAGAUUUUGAACGAACUCUUAAGGGACAUACAGAUUCUGUACAGGAUAUUUCCUUUGACCACAGUGGCAAGCUUCUGGCUUCUUGUUCUGCAGAUAUGACCAUUAAACUAUGGGAUUUUCAGGGCUUUGAAUGCAUCAGAACCAUGCAUGGCCAUGACCACAAUGUCUCUUCAGUAGCCAUCAUGCCUAAUGGAGAUCAUAUAGUGUCUGCUUCACGGGAUAAAACUAUAAAAAUGUGGGAAGUGCAAACUGGCUACUGUGUGAAGACAUUUACAGGACACAGAGAAUGGGUACGUAUGGUACGGCCAAAUCAGGAUGGCACUCUCAUAGCCAGCUGUUCCAAUGACCAGACUGUUCGUGUGUGGGUCGUAGCAACAAAGGAGUGCAAAGCAGAGCUCCGAGAACAUGAGCAUGUGGUGGAAUGCAUUUCCUGGGCUCCAGAAAGUUCAUAUUCUUCCAUCUCUGAAGCAACAGGAUCUGAGACUAAAAAAAGUGGCAAACCUGGGCCAUUCUUGCUAUCUGGAUCCAGAGACAAAACUAUUAAGAUGUGGGACGUCAGUACUGGCAUGUGCCUUAUGACUCUUGUGGGUCAUGAUAACUGGGUACGUGGAGUUCUGUUCCAUUCUGGGGGGAAAUUUAUUUUGAGUUGUGCUGAUGACAAGACCUUACGUGUAUGGGAUUACAAGAAUAAGCGAUGCAUGAAGACCCUCAAUGCGCAUGAACACUUUGUUACCUCCUUGGAUUUCCACAAGACGGCCCCCUAUGUGGUUACUGGCAGUGUAGAUCAAACAGUAAAGGUGUGGGAGUGCCGUUGAUUCAGUCUCAUUUGGCCCCUCCUCCCUUUUUCCUCUGGAUGCACUCUGAUGAUACCAUGGUCCCCCAUUGAGCUCUGUUUAAAUAAAUAUUGUCCUUUCAUGUAAAUUAUUCUGGAUGUAGAUUGAGCUUAUUAAAUGUUACACACAAAGUAUUCAUGCAUGGUGAAUCCAAAUUGUAUACUGUAAAUUUACAUACGUUGUCUAGAAGUACCAUAGGGUUUAAAAACCUGGGCUGGCAUUGGUCACACCAGGCCUACAAGGGCAGAAGUUGAAUAAAUUGAACUAGGGCACUAAACUGAAUAGUUGACAGUGUCAUUUAUGUUGGAUUAUAAUUCCUGUUUUUCUUUCUGCUAUCUGUUGGUGCCUGACUUGAUGGCCUCAUUUGGGGGAAAAGUGGUGGUUAUUAGGGCUUUUUCUGAAAUGUGUAUCUAUGUAACAUCACUUAAGUGUGCUUAAUAAAUCUAAAGAUGUUAGAUAAUAAGAAUUCUAAAUCUGCAGAACCAUCUAUGUAAUUUAAUGGGGAUUACACAUUGGAAUUUUUGUUAUGACCCAUUUGCCAAAUCAAUAGGAUAUGUUUGUUUUGGCGGCCUAUCAAGCAAAGUAUAGUGGUAUAUUUAUGUAAGAAAAUGAUUGUAAAUCUCAAUAAGAAAAAUCUCAGCAGCUAAUAGCAAAUCAUUUCUUCCAUUUGGAUCUUAAUGCUUUGUAAACAGGUUAAUAACACUGUCAUAGUCUAAGCUUCUAUUUUCCACACUAGAUCUGCUUCUAGUUGUAUUCUCCAUACUAUUAGACUGUAUAGUGAUGUGACUUCCAAGUAGAAUUUAAUCUUCCCAUUGAGUGUCAUGGUAUAAAUCACUAUUUGUUUAUGAUGUUUUUUAGGGAUGUGCAAUGUGCAUUACAUAAUGACAAAAAUAUUGAAAAGGUUAUGUUUGCCAUUUUUAAAGGAGUGGGAGAAAUACAGCAGUUUGUUUUUCAAAGUGAAUCUGGUAACACUUCGACUAUGUUUCUUUUGACAAGUUAAAAGACAGGGUUUAAUGGAGUAUGCAUAAAAAUGUACUGUUUUUCACCUUUUGUUUAUAUAGAAAUGUUUGUAAGUGUAUGGGCCUAUCUAAAAGUGGAUAUGUCUGUAUGUGUCUAUCACACACAACCUCCAUGUUCUCGGGUGUUGAGUUCUUGAAGAAGCUCUAAAACCAUACAAGUAAAAUGAAUCUUGCUGUGGAAUACCGUACCAUGCUUUAGAACAACCCCUUUUUGACCCUAAUGCUUCUGAAAAACAAGUCGGGGAGGAGGGGACGGACGUGUUUCCAGCCCAAGGAAAGCCACUUCCUUUGUCCCCUCUAAUGGAGCCCUGGAGCAUUUUACACAUCCCCAAUAAGAGUGUAUAUUUUGAUCCAGAGUUACUACAAGUAGAUUUAAGAGAAUUUUUGCCCAUGACUUUUGGAACACUAUUCCGUUUAUGUUCAUUAAUAAAGAAUUCCAUUGUUUAGCUAACCAACAGUUUUUUUUUUUAAUGAAAGUCAUUUGAAAAAUUAACAGAAGCAAUGAAAUAACAGUGGCAGUUUAACAAAAGAUACUUUUUUUCUGGAUAGCAUUUUAUUCAUUUUGUGUAAUAUGUGAAUUUUUUAAGCCCCCUUUUAUGUAUUUAAUGGAAAUUUGAUUCCUGGGAAAGACAAAGGGUGAGAGUUAAUGUCCUGUACAUACACACACAGAAUAGGCAACCUAUUAACUAGAAGCAGCUUACUGUCUACAUUGUGUCUUUAUGUUUGUUUGCUUGUUUGUUUUUAGUAAUUCCUGAGAGUUGUCUCUGGAAGGGAAAGUGUUUUUGAGAAGUAAUGGCUAUUUUUGAGGACAAAAAUUACAUCUUAAGCUAGUUCCUUAAAUUCAGUAGGUUAAUAUUCAGGACAAUAUUGCCUCGCAACCCUGCUUACAUUGAGGAGUCUUUUCCCUCUGGCUGUUCUGACUAGAUUUUUCUCCAAAAGCUAUGGAAAAUAUCUUUGUUCUCGUUUGCUGCUAUUUUCUGUCCUAUUUCAAGAAAUAUAAAUACAUAGAAAUGGUGCAUCUUAACAUUUGUUCAUGUAUAAAUGUCCUUUAAUUCCAUUUUAGCAUGUAGCAACAUGAAUCGUUUCAGGGUAAGCCACAACAUCUAGAAAUCCCUCACAGAUGUAAACAAUCAGAAGAGGGAUGGUAGCAAUGUGGAGGAACAAAGCUGCUCUCCACUGGGUUGCUUCCCCUGCAGCUUGAAGUGACUGUUAGUGAUGAGGGAGGAUAGUUCCUCUGUACAGUUACCCUUGCUUGAGAGAUUGCCACAGCCUGCUGCUUAGAUGAGUUACCAAACACCCUCCAUUUAAGAAGCAGCGGCCAUUGAAUCUCAGGGAUGGUCCACAACUGGAUCCAAAUGUGUAAGGAGCCCUGUUUGACUAGUGAAGUGGGGUGGGGGAGAGCAAUCCAUCCACCAUCUGGAAUCAGAUUUGCAGUUUCCUGCCCUGUUGAUGCCCUUUCUUUCUGUGUUCCCUCUCUGUCUGCUGUCUAACCUGUGCCUUGCCUGGGAUGAGGACAAUGAUGAGGUUACUGGUUUGGAUUGUAAGUAGAGGACUUUAUUCGUUGAUUUAGAGGUUCAUUGCUGCUUUGUCACUUUCUCAAUCAAAUUGGCCAUUAAGAAAUAAAAAGCUGGUAGAAUUGCAUCCUCAGAUGAUUCUUGACUGUGUGUGUAUGUGAGUGUGUGUGUGUGUGUGUGUGUGUGUGUGUGUGUGUACAAACACAUUCCAGCACCACCCUAAUUACAAUAUGCCCAAGAAGUCCUAGCUGCGUUCUGAGAACGUAAGCCAUGGAAAUGGGUGUACACAUCGCUUGGAGAAUAGUUGCUUUUGACAUGGCAUCUUGCACUUUAGGAGACUAAGACCGUCCUGUUUUGUCUGUGUGGUGUGACCAGUGGUGUCCCCAGAGCACUACCCAAAAUCACUAGUGUUAGCAAGCUGCCCCGGGCUGUGGAGCACAGUAGUCCUUUGGAAGCUUUGGCUCUAGGCUCACCAAGCCCAGUCUCCUUCCUCACUGUCAGUGCCCUGCUCUCCUGUUUGCCUCUUUCUUUUUCUAUGUGAACUUUCACAUAUCACUCAUUAAAUAGGCUUUUUUUUUUUUUUUUAUUUAAAGAAAAACUAUCCUAAAACAAAAGACCAUUUUUGUUUGUUGGCAGUGGUGGCUUGAUAAUCCUUAAGCAACUGAAGUUGAAAUGGAAGGAACAGGCACUUGAAGUGAUGACUCUUUCUGUCCAGCUGUAUAUAAGUCUGACGUGCUCAUCUAGAUGAUGCAAAGAAUCUCCUGGUAGAGAAGCGAUUUGUACAAGAUUGGUGGGGAAAGUUUUGGGUUUUCUUUCCAGUGGGGUGGGUGGGGGGAGGAGGGCAAGCUGGAUUUACAAGUCACGACUGGACUGGCCUGGCCUUUUUAUCUUUCCACUUUAUCAUGUAAGUAGCUGCUUUCUUGUCGUGACUAUCCUUCAGGCAUCUCUAAAGCUCACUUCGAAGAUGUUAGAGAUACAAACACACAAAUCUUCGAGUUAGCCAUCAGUCCCGACAGACAUGAAGGCCAGCACUGAUUCCAAAUGAACAUUGCAGAGGUGGUAAUUGGAGAAAACAGUUCCCAGAUUGUAAGAGUUCACUGAAGAUUAUUGACACAAUUAAAAAAAAAUCAGUAAAGGAAUGUAUAUAAUACUGCUCUUGUGUUUUACAGUAAGAUUUGUUGCUCUCAGACUGUGUAAAACAAAAUUUAUUCAUGUUUUCUGCAUAUUAAAAAUCUUAUUGUACCAAUUGGUAAACUAUUAAAUGCCUAUAAAACUA